AUGCCACCUAAAAAGCCUCAGGCGCCGCAGGCUACGAAGAAGACGGAGCAGAAGAAGAAGGAGAAGAUCAUCGAGGACAAAACAUUUGGUCUAAAGAAUAAGAAAGGUGCCAAGCAGCAAAAAUUCAUUAAGAAUGUUACACAACAAGUGAAGUGUGGCCAGCAGAACCCUCGCUUGGUUACGCAGAUUGAUGGUGAAAAGAAACUCAAAAAAGAUGACAAAAAGAAAGAACUACAAGAACUGAAUGACCUAUUUAAGCCGGUAGUAGCUGCACAAAAGGUCAGCAAAGGUGCUGAUCCAAAAUCUGUUGUCUGUGCAUUCUUCAAGCAAGGACAGUGUACAAAAGGUGACAAAUGCAAAUUCUCCCAUGACUUGUCAUUAGAAAGAAAAUGUGAGAAGAGAAGUGUUUAUGUUGAUGGUAGAGAUGAAGAGCUUGAAAAAGAUACAAUGGAUAACUGGGAUGAGAAGAAGUUGGAGGAGGUGGUUAACAAGAAACAUGGGGAAGCUGAAAAGAUAAAACCCAAAACUCAAAUAGUGUGCAAGUUUUUCCUUGAAGCUAUAGAAAACAACAAAUAUGGCUGGUUUUGGGUAUGCCCUGGUGGAGGGGAUACCUGUAUGUAUCGCCAUGCUUUACCUCCUGGAUUUGUGCUAAAGAAAGACAAAAAGAAAGAAGAAAAAGAGAUGAAAUUUCACUAGAAGACUUGAUCGAGAAAGAGCGAGCAGCUCUUGGACCAAAUGUUACCAGGAUCACCUUAGAAUCUUUUCUUGCGUGGAAAAAACGAAAAAGGGAAGAACGAAUAGUUAGAGCUGAAGAAGAGAUGGAAAAAAGAAAAGCAGACUUUAAAGCUGGAAAAUCCUUAGGGAUCAGUGGUCGUGAAGUAUUUGAAUUCCGACCUGAGCUUGUAGACGAUGAUGAUGAAGAAGCCGAUGACACUCAGUAUACAAUAGAACAGGAUGAGGAUGAGACUGACACUUCAGAUGUUAAGGAUAUUGAUCUCAGUCGAUUUGUCCUGAAAGAUGUUGAUGAAACUGGAAUAACAGUAGCCAGCAAUGAACGUUUCAGCACAUAUAUCACAUCGACAGAUAAAGAGGAUAUAAAGCUAAGUGAAGCAUCAGGAGGAGAAAUAAGAAAUGGUGAACAUAGUGACUUUGAAGAAGAAGAAGAAGAAGAAAGUGAUGACGAGGAUGAAGAAGAUAAUUUGAUUAAUGACGUGCCUGUUGAUGAAAACCUUUUUACUGGAGAAGAUUUGGAUGAACUUGAGGAACAGCUAAACACACUUGAGGAAUGA